AAAUACUCGAUUGACGAUUGCAUUUCAAAUUAGAAUCAAUUAAACAGUCAAGUGCAUACAAACUGUGCAUUAUCAAUCUAUCGUCCUGAAAAGUUAUCUCAAAAAUGAAGUCUUUUUCGUCGCUAAUUUUCCUGUCGAUUUUCCUUGUUUUGAUUGCGAACGUAAGUGCUCAACAAGGGCCGCCUGGAGGUUUUGAUGGUCCAGGUGGUGGAGCUGGCGCUGGGGCUGGAGCAGGAGCAGGUGCAGGAAUGGGAAGUGAAGCUGGAUUCGACACUCCAAUUGGAGGCUUUGGUGUUAAAGGUGGCGUAGGCGGUGGCGCUGGAGCAAAUGGUGGCGGUGGUGCUGGAGCCGGAGCAGGCAGAUAAAUAAAUGAAAGAAACUCAGGUCAGCUGUAUGCUAUUCGUCAGCAAUAAUGUAUUUCGUUAGGAAACAGCACCAUUGUGUAGAUAUAUUGUGGCUAAAUAAAGAGUGUGAUUUACAAA